AGACAACUGGAGGAGAUGCAAAUGUCCAUAGAAGCCUAACAAGAAUUGAUCACAAGUCACUUGUGCGCCGGUAAACAGAUCUCGUCGAACCAUUGGUCUUUUACUAUAAUGUUGGCGUAGGUCGAAAGACGACAGAUCGUCGAUAGACGCACAAUGGAACAUCAACAAAACAGGAAUACUUCAUCGAAAAUGUUUCAGGCAUUGGUGGGGAUCGAUCGGACCCAAAUUAUCAUUCAUUUUCUUGUCGCUUCCAUGCUGUGGUUGUUUGGGUGUUGGAAUAUUAGCUUCGCAUGGAUAAUGAUAUUUGUUUUGAUCUAUGUUUUUGGAGAAUAUCGUUCAGAAGUUUUUAAACGGAAGCGUCAAAACUUCCGUAAGAUGACGGAUGAAGCAAAUUUGUUCAAGAUAAAAAGUUUCCCAGUACCAUCUGUUUAUCUUUCGGAGACAGAAAGCGCGACGUGGCUGAACGAGUUGAUUAAAAAACUGUGGCCCUCCAUCGAAGAAAUGACAAAAGAGAUAAUUAAGGAACGUAUCGAGCCUGAAAUACAGAAAAACCUUCCUUCGGCAUUGAAGACUCUUUCCUUCGACAAAAUCGAGUUGGGGCAAAAGCCUCCUUUCAUCGGAAAUAUAAAAUCAUAUGGAAGUGGAAACAGAGAAAAGAGAGCUUCUGAAAUUGUAAUGGACGUCGACGUCACAUACAAUGGUGAUGCGCAGGUGAAAGUAACAAUCAAAAGUGUCACUUUGGGAAUCUCCGAUUUUCAAAUACACGGCUCGCUUCGGAUUAUCUUAAAACCUCUUAUCUCCGAUCAAACUAUCGUCGGCGGUGUGACACUCUUUUUUCUCAAGAGGCCCAGAAUCGCUUUCAAUUUGACAAACAUGUUGAAUGUGUUAGAUUUUCCCGGAUUAAAGACAACUUUGCGUGGCAUUGUUGAUGACGUCAUCGCUAGUUUUGCAGUUUUGCCCAAUAGGAUUACAAUACCCUUGGCUGAGAGCGUGGACCUUAGCGAUCUGCAGUACCCAAUCCCGGAGGGCCUCCUACGUGUGCAAAUUCUGGAAGCGCGGGAACUGGUAAAGUCUGAUUUUUCACUGAUUGGCGGAGGUGCUCCCGACCCUUACGUCAUCAUGGAAGUUGGUGCGCAAAAGUUUCGCACUGAAACGAAGAACAAUACUUCAAAUCCGGCGUGGGAGGAAACCUUUGAGUCAUUCAUAGACAAUUCCAUUGGCCAAGAAUUAGAAAUCUACAUCUACGACCGUGAUAUUGCUUCGAAAGAUUCUAAAAUUGGAAGUGUCGAUAUUAAAAUUGGUUCUGUGGUGGAGGAUGGCGUCCAAGAAAUCUGGCUGCCUUUAGAAAAAGCCAAACAGGGAAAGAUCCAUUUGAACCUGGAAUGGUUUUCUCUGAGCAGUGAUCCACUGCAUUUUAGAUAUACCAAGGGAAAGGAGUCCGUAGCUGUGCUGUUUGUUAAACUGAUCAAAGCGCAAAAUCUCCCAACCUCAUCCAGGUUAGCUGUGACAAAAAAAGUUUUCUGUAAGGUAUCCGUUGGAGAUACAACGCUAAACAGUUUUCUUGCGCACGGAGAUGAAACGGUCUGGGGGCAGUCUUUACGAUUCCUACUUACAGAUCCCCACGAAGAGGCCCGUAUUGAAGUCAUGGAUGGUAACGAAAACAGGAGCAUGGGAUCUAUGGUAUUCACUGUGCGAAAGCUGAUAGAGGAACCAGAAAUGGCUCUACAAGACUCUUUCCGGCUGAGUAACGAGACCGGAAGUGUUGAGUGCAAGUUCAUCCUUCGCGCAUUGAAGACUUCAGACACCUCCAAUGCACCAAUGCCUUUACACUUUGGCCGGAAGUUUAACGCUUUGCACAACAAUAAAAUCUGUCUCCAGAGAACAGAUACGCCCACAAUGUUACCGGAAGUGGAUGGUCAAGAUGAUCCACCUACCUCCACUUGCACCGAGAGCGACAGCAGCAGAGCCGCCGAGAAAACGUCUGGUAGCAGUUCCGGUUCCGGUUCCGGUUCGUCUCCCAGUGGGAGCAUCGUAGGUGACACGUCUAACGGGCAAAGUCCCGAGGCUUCGGUUAGGGAUUAUAUGUCCCGGGGAGAAGUAUCAUUGUGGCUUAUAUACGAUCAUCGUAGAAACAGAUUGGUCGUCACUGUACUCAGUGCAAAGGAACUUGUGUCAUCAGAACCUUUGUCCAAAACGAAUCCUUACGUACAGAUAAAUCUGCUACCUUCUCGCUCCAAGAAAUCGAUUCGCAAGACGGAUUUUUACGCCGGAAGUCUGAAUCCCGUUUUUAACGAAACUUUUGAAUACGUUAUCGGUCUCGACCAGUUGAGCAGUAAAUACUUGGAAGUGAUCAUCAAAAAUGAGAGAUUUGUCCAAUUGCCCAGGAAACGCAGGGAUCUGAUUGGGUCUACUACAAUAAAUCUUUGCGAGUUGAGUCUGUCCGCUGGUGUGACGAUGAACUGCGAGUUAACAAAAUGAAAAUCUUAGCUUAGUGUGCGACUUCCAGAAAACCCUAGCGGAUGGUUUCACCCAAAUGGAAGCGAGACACGAUGCGUCAAUGGUGAUUAUCAGCAACAAAUACUCUUCAAGAGCACUGGGAACGAGUCGAGGAUGUUGUUAACACUAUAACACAAAAUCUGUCGAAUGACUAUCAGCAAAAACAGAUUUAGAUUCUCUUAACUUAUUUAAUUUAUGAGGCAAAUUCUUUUUUUUCUUUUUUAUUAUAAAAGCAUGAUCUCCCUAAUAAUUUCUCUAUCGCAAAAUAUGAUAAUAGUCAGUGCUCUUUUGAAAUUUAGCCGAAGCCAAAUAAGUUAUUGUUAUCUUGUGUAGCUGUAAUCCAUGUCCACUUUGUAAACAUUUGUUGCACUCGAUUCCACUUAAGUAUUGGGUUACUAUUCUUCAUCUGAGAGACGAAUUAACCGUCAGAUUCUUACUUAUCGCUUCUAGCAACGUAACGAAUGUUUGCGAGGAACCAGGAAACGAAUCCAUUGAUUUGUAUUAGACGACAAAUUUAAUUAAUUCCAUCGCAAGCUCAAAUAACUCAAUUCAACAUCAUCAUGAUAACUAGUACUAUACUUUUAAUAAUUAGUUAUGACUCACAUGACUAUACGUUUUAUGCAAUUGAGACUUGAGGAAUGAAAGUCGGACGCUUCUUUGCUGUAUUGUGACCCGACGGUAAUUAAAGAGCCAUCGCCUUCCAACAAACUAAAAAGGGGGGCACAUUCUCUGUAUCAGAUAAGGCUUGUAAUAACAUACAUAAAAAAAAUCAGGCGCGUCUGAUUGGUUGAAAACGAGUGCAUUUUUCGUGUAACACGUGCGCAAAUUACAAAUAGUGCUAACAAAAUUUCGUCCGUCUGAACUUUUGUGAUGUGUUUUUCAGGUAAAUUAUUAACGAGUAACAACAGGAUUUCUUGUGCAACUUGAUCUAACUUAGCACUUAUAAAUUUUUUCAAACACGACAAAUCGCACUCGAAAUCAUGUUGUUACCUAUACUUAUAUAUUUCGAAUACAUUUAUAUUAGGGCGUUCUAGAGCGAGAGAGUGCCAAAAUGAGAGGGGGUUCGAGAUAAGGUAGUUCGCGUGAUCCUUCAGAGAAGCGCAAACUGAAAAAAUAUUCUCCUUGAAACCUCAAGAAUAUUGAGAAGGAAGUCUCAAUGAAAAAUGGUUUGUACCAUUGGUAACCCAAGGGCCUAGAGAUCGUAAACAAGUCGUAAACAAUAAUUGUUAUGACAACAUUAAUAAUUAUGAUAAUUUAUAACAGCAAGAAUAGUAAUAAUAACAAGAAUGAUAAUGAAAAUGAUUAUAAUAAUA